GCCAAAGAAUCACAGAGGACGUAACUGCUCACCUUUUAGGUCGUGAAGAGGUUAAGACAGUCCUCCCCCCGCAGACUGGAUCCCUCAGCUCAAGAGAAGACGCCAUGGAGACGCAGAGACGGGAGCUGCAGGAGGUCCAGAGACGGUUCCUGGAGCAGAGGGAGUUGUUGGCGCUGCAGGAGAGACAGCAAGAAGAAGAACGACGCAGACAAGAAGGGGCGAGGGAGCAGAUGAGGCGAGAGAAGGAGACACUGCAGGCUCUGAUUCAAAAUGAUGCAGAGCCACCUUCAGAGGCUUCCAGUGAAGUGUCGGUUUCAGACGACAUCAGCCAGACUCGUCUCAAAAUACUUGCUUCUCUGCUGAGAGCUAUAGAGGAGACGAAUGGAGGAACUUUAUCACACCUAGAAGAAGAUCCUCAGGAGAGAGAACAUCCCCCGUCUAACAAUGAAGAGACAGUCUCUCUGAGUGAUAUUCCUGCUGGACCGUCCUCAGCAUCAGUCCCUUCCCAAGGACUCCUCCUCGCUCCUCCUCGAGCCGCGAAGCCCCCAGUGACCCGCGUCCGGCUGGGCCUCAUGGAGAUGACUGCGCAACAUGAGCUCAGUGUUAUUGAAGAGGUGGAGACACCAGUCAACACCAGUCUUGUAGCAGGCCCAGAGGAAAGCUUGAGGGUUCCUUUGGGCACAGCAGGCUGGGAUCCACGGGAGGGAUCAGAAUCAUCUCUGACAUCUGACAGCAGUUUGCAGACACCGUCUAUGGCCAGCAGAGGGCAGCAGACCACCGAAAGCCAAACUGGCUCUGGGGUGAGCUCGAGGACAUCCAGCUAUCUGGCCUGGAGAGAGAGACUGUUAGGGUCAGGGACAUCUCCUGAGUCCUCAGAGUCUGAUUCAGCACGUCGGAUAUUUUCACCAGUUUCCUCCGACUCUGGGAGAGGAGCCGACUACUCUGGCCGUGUAAUCACAAGCUUCAGAUCCCCCACAGAGUCAGCACACAGGCCCCCUGAUUCUGACUGCCUCUCUUCCACCACCAUCUCAACUGGGAGCUACAUCACCUCCGACCCUGAGCAAAACUUAACCACUGAUAAAUCCCUGCCACGCAAGCAUUUUGCGGAUGCAGGGCAAUCACGUUUACUCCACGUCUCCUCUCCAUCUGACCAAAGCUCAGCAGCAGCUCAUCCCGGUCCAGCUGUAGACUCUCUGUUCAAUGACAGCAGCAUCCAGCGCAUUAUUGACCGAUACACAAAGGAACUUAACAUCUCUCUCAGCACCACAGGGAAAACCACAGACGGUGAAGGUUCAUUCACAGAUGACCCUGGUCCUUCAGUUUCUCAGCAGUCUUUGGUUUGUGUCUCGGAGAGGAGCGGGGAGGAUGAAGGCUCUUCAACUCAUCAGUCUCCUCCGUCAGACACGGCAUCGGAACAGAGGAGAGGCCUGGUCAGUACAGCACGAUCUAUAAUCAAUCCAAUCCAAGAGCGAUCAUCCAGACAGGACCGGUCACUAGCAGAGGAGCAGGACUCCUUCAGACCUCUGAUUGGCCACCUGGUAGACCAGUCGUCCUGUCUCGCUGCUGACCAUAGAGACUCGACCAUGGAGCAACUGGUUGGUCAACCAUCAGCGCACUCGUCCAUGAUUGGUCAGCCACCGGGGCAGUCGGUGUCAGUGAGCAUGGAUCAGGGUGGAUGGGAUUCAACGCUGAUGCGGAUGAUUGGUCGCCUCUCCCAUCAGUCGAGCUCUCACUGGCUGAGUGGUGGGCAGGACUUUUAUGCCGGCCAGCUGAUUGGCGAGAUGCCUUCAGAGCAGGCGACCACAUGGCUGGAUGAAGGAGGGGAGGAGACUCUGAUGAGACCACUGGUUGGGGAGCUGGAUGAGUCUGUUGGCCAGCACAGUGGAAGCUCAGGUGAAAGAACUCACGUGGACCUCGGUGUUUCAACUGAAGCCAGCAUGCCGUCGUAUCCAGUUUUACCUUCUGAAGCCUCCACACACAGGGCCUCCCUCCCAAGUGUGACCCCACAGUCACAGGAGCAGACCCCCCAGGACCGAGCCAGUUCAAUCACCCGGAGCCAAGAGAGGUCUGAAGUGUUUCCAGACUCUGACUCGUUCCACCCGUUACUGGCCGAGGUCACCCACAAUGAAACAUCAGACCCCUCCAUGAUGUUUCACCAGCCUGAUCAUGAUGCGCCAAACUCGCCUGAAGGGCAGCCCACAAGGGAAGAUCCAAGUUUUUCCACACCUUCUGAAGAGUUUGAAACCCACGAUGAUCCCUCUGUUGAGUCUGAAGAGUCACCCGAGCGUCUCAGAGCAGAGGAGCCAUCCAGCUGCACGACGGCUUCCCCAGCAGUACAUGAAUCCUUCUCCCAGCUGAUGACUUCCCAGCUCUAUUCCCAUGACUCUGUCCUUACAGUGUCUCCCAGCAAGAGGACAGAUGUGGAGUUAACAGCUCUGAAUCUGUCACAUUUAAAUAUGUGUGACGAUUCAACUGCAGUGGGUUUGCCACAGCCGGAGGAAGCCGACGCUGACACAAACUGCAUUUCUAAAAAGAACAAAUCUUCAGUCCAAGAAUUAGAGUCUGCGCAGAGUUCAAACCUGAGGAAUGUGGCUUCUUUCUCAAAUAUGAUAAUGGAAGCUGCCUGUGAGAAGGGGAUCCUGGAGCAGUCUGAGAUAACCCUGGUGAGUCUGACAGACACAACACUGCAGGACCAAGAGACUACUCUCACUGAUGAAGAGGACAUUUGGGAAGACAGAAAUCCUGAUGGGUGGAAGGAGGAAGGACAGAGAGAACAGAAGACAGAGGUGUCGGAAUCAAUGUUACUGCAUGAGACUCAAGAGGACAAAAACCAAAAGCAUCCAGAGGAGCUCCUGGAGUUUCAGUGGGGUGUUGUUGGUGGAAGCCUGCAGGACGUUAGUCAGCAGAAGCGCAGAGCUCUGAUCCAGAGAUCAUCCCGCAGAGUUGAGGAAAUAAAAGCCAAAGCUGCUCUCGCAAAGAUUCAGCCUAACAUCCAAGUGCCAUCUAAAGCCAGAGAGCCGUCUAUAGCAAAGGAAGGUUAUCAAGUCUCCCGUAAGGCGAAGACCAACUCAGAGAGUCAACAUAAAGCUAACACUAAUUUAAAUGAAGGACCGGCUGAGCUGCACAGAACCACUGAGACAUCUGGCUUUAAACAUCAGAAAAAGGCCCAGUGCCCCCUUCCAGUGAGGGAUGCCAGGCUGAGAGAGGUGGAGGUGAAGCUCCUCACACCAGAGCAGAGAAAACAAGAUGUUUCUGAGAUGCACCAGAGAACUCAGAGACUGUACGAGCAGCUGGAUGAGGUGAAGCAUCAGAAAGCGAUCAGGAGCAAACAGGAAGCUUAUGCAAAAAACAGACUGAAGGCCAAAGAGUUCCACAAGAAAACUUUACAGAAACUUCGUGCCAAGCAGACGCUGCAGUGAUCGACUUUGAAUGUGUUUUUCUACUUUUUUAGAUUUAAGUUAUUUUGUGAAUUUUAUCAAUAAAGGUUUUUAAUUUA